CCUCCGAUUUGCAGCAGGUUUACCUGUCAAUAGUCUAAACAAUUCAAGCGGAUCAGGAGUUGAUGGGAAAAUAACCGGCGGGAUAUCCAAUGAAUCAAUGAUUUUGGCCAUCUCUGCUGCAGCGAUUUCGGUCGUGGCUCUGACAGUGGGCUCUAUUUCCUGCUAUCGUUUCAGAAAGGAGAAAGCCAGAAAAAUCGAAUUAUCCGAGGAAGAGACAGAGCGAUUCUUCAGAGGACAACCGGAGAGCUUGAAUCCAACGAUGGGACUCGGUCAACAAGCACAUCUACUACCAUUCGAAAAGAACUGGGACUUUCCAUCUGAGAAGCUGAAACUCGGAGAAGUCCUCGGCAGUGGGCAAUUCGGUUACGUGCUGAAGGCUGUGGCUGGUGGGAUCUGUCCUCCGGAGCCCGAAACGACAGUAGCCGUGAAGAGAAGAAAGCCCCACUCCACUCUGGAAAAUUACCAGACGCAUUUGAUGGAGGUGAAGAUCAUGAGUCACCUCGGAAUGCAUUUGAAUAUCGUCAAUUUCCUUGGAGCAUGUACCAAAGGUUUGGCACAUGCCGCGCCACGUGGGGACGAGCGUUACCAUGGAACAGAAAUCCCAGUUGUGGUAGACAUCCUGACCGUCUUCGCCGGAUUGCUUCAUGCUGGUGCUGCAGAGUUGCAUAAUACCAAUCAUCCUAGUCUUUUGGAAUUAGCCAGAAACAUCGCUAAUAGGCUCCUUCUCUGUCUCGCUAAGAAGUCUCCUGUUGGCCUCUCGAACUUAGGUUGCUACCCUGAGCCAGUUGUUCGUGUAGAUGAUGGAGAAGUCCUCGGCAGUGGGCAAUUCGGUUACGUGCUGAAGGCUGUGGCUGGUGGGAUCUGUCCUCCGGAGCCCGAAACGACAGUAGCCGUGAAGAGAAGAAAGCCCCACUCCACUCUGGAAAAUUACCAGACGCAUUUGAUGGAGGUGAAGAUCAUGAGUCACCUCGGAAUGCAUUUGAAUAUCGUCAAUUUCCUUGGAGCAUGUACCAAAGGUUUGGCACAUGGGGAUCUGAUGAUGAUCAUGGAAUACUGCCCAUUGGGGAGCCUGGAGAAGUACCUCAGGGCAAAUGAACCGUACUUCGUCGAUCUGAUGGACCGUCACACCAAAACGCUCGAUGACAGCACCGGGAGACAGGGGCAUUGCACCGAUGAUUCUGCAAACGAAGAUACUGCACUCAAAGCUCAGAGGAAUGGAACACAAGGCGAAUGGGUUGUGAAAUAUGUCGCGGCUGCAUCUCCGGCGACUGGCUCCGGAGGAACCGACGCUAUACUCCAGAAGGAUUCUGUUGCCUCUGACUCCGGGAUUCUUCCAUCUUCAAGUGGAAGUGAGAAUGAUUCAAAACAUCCAGCGCUAAAGGGGAACAACUACCAUCAAUCCUUAGAAGGAUGCGUUCGCUCAAGACAAUUCACUACUGGCAAUCUCGUCUCUUGGGCCUACCAGAUUGCUAAAGGCAUGGAAUUCUUGGGUUCUCGAAAGGUGGUCUAUAGGAACCUGGCCACGAGAAGCAUUCUACUUACAGGAGAAAAAAUCGCGAAAAUUUCCGACUUUGACCUUGCCAGAGACAUCUAUGAGAACAUUCAGUACAUCACGAAGGGGGAUGGUCCAUUGCCGAUGAAAUGGAUGGCCUUGGAGUCCCUCACACAGGACAAGGUUUAUACGAGCAAAUCAGAUGUUUGGGCGUAUGGAAUUACACUUUGGGAAAUGUUCAGCCUUGGGAAGACCCCGUAUCCUGGAAUAAACGGCGCAGAGCUCGUCCGGCUUCUCCAGACGGGGUACCGCAUGGAGGCACCUCGAUUCGCCGAUCAUCAUUUCUACGAAAUAAUGAGGAAGUGUUGGGAUGAGGAUCCAAGCAAUCGUCCGACCUUCCACGCGUUGAGCGCAUGUUUCGGCGAAAUGCUUCCUGAGUCUGAGCGUCUGGUGGUCUAUAGGAACCUGGCCACGAGAAGCAUUCUACUUACAGGAGAAAAAAUCGCGAAAAUUUCCGACUUUGACCUUGCCAGAGACAUCUAUAAGAACAUUCAGUACAUCACGAAGGGGGAUUCGGAACCCUUCUGGGGCAUAGGACCUUAUUUGCCGCGUCUCGAGCAGGCCGAAGAGGUCUGCCCCAUGGCGUACCUCCGUGGAGCUAAGCGGCUACAUCAAUUCUACGAAAUAAUGAGGAAGUGUUGGGAUGAGGAUCCAAGCAAUCGUCCGACCUUCCACGCGUUGAGCGCAUGUUUCGGCGAAAUGCUUCCUGAGUCUGAGCGUCUGCACUACAUGGAAAAGUACGAGUUGUUCGAGAAAAAGAACGCAGAGUACUUCCGGACCAAGACGGACUACUUAAAAUUGAUUGCAACUGAAACGGAAGAUGGAUAUCAGAUACCGUUGAGUGAAAAGUAUGGAAAAGAAGAUAUUUCAACUGCACCCGAACAUGUGAAAUCGGAGAAUUUUCCGCCAAAGGUGGACAAUCUGCCGAAGAUGGAAACCAUUACACAAGAGGAUCACCUCCAGGAAAGACAGGAACCACAAAUGCAAGAAGAAAAUUCCAGGGAAAAUUCAAACCUCAAAAACGACCCAAUCUCCGGAAACGAGGAAAAUUGUCGCAUUGGAACCGAGCAAACUGGGAAUCCGGGUCCAUUGCCGAUGAAAUGGAUGGCCUUGGAGUCCCUCACACAGGACAAGGUUUAUACGAGCAAAUCAGAUGUUUGGGCGUAUGGAAUUACACUUUGGGAAAUGUUCAGCCUUGGGAAGACCCCGUAUCCUGGAAUAAACGGCGCAGAGCUCGUCCGGCUUCUCCAGACGGGGUACCGCAUGGAGGCACCUCGAUUCGCCGAUCAUCAUUUCUACGAAAUAAUGAGGAAGUGUUGGGAUGAGGAUCCAAGCAAUCGUCCGACCUUCCACGCGUUGAGCGCAUGUUUCGGCGAAAUGCUUCCUGAGUCUGAGCGUCUGCACUACAUGGAAAAGUACGAGUUGUUCGAUAAAAAGAACGCAGAGUACUUCCGGACCAAGACGGACUACUUAAAAUUGAUUGCAACUGAAACGGAAGAUGGAUAUCAGAUACCGUUGAGUGAAAAGUAUGGAAAAGAAGAUAUUUCAACUGCACCCGAACAUGUGAAAUCGGACAAUUUUCCGCCAAAGGUGGACAAUCUGCCGAAGAUGGAAACCAUAACACAAGAGGAUCACCUCCAGGAAAGACAGGAACCACAAAUGCAAGAAGAAAAUUCCAGGGAAAAUUCAAACCUCAAAAACGACCCAAUCUCCGGAAACGAGGAAAAUUGUCGCAUUGGAACCGAGCAAACUGGGAAUCCGGUAGUCGAAGAUGACCGUAGCGUUGAAUAUGAAAAAGAAGUCGAGCAAUGUGGAAACGCCACUACUUCGCACAUCUGACGAGUGGAAACGGAUCGCCCCAAAGUCAAGGAACGACGGUUAAAACAAACCAAUGAGCAUGCGAUUGCAUUCAUCUGUCUUUCUUUCUUUUAAAUGGAUGAAGCAGGUUCGAGGGUGUGAAUGCUCCUUGGUGGAAAAUCGCUCGUCAAUAGCAUGCUUUCAUCAAGAAAAAUCAGAACUAUAGCAAGUGAAUACCUUCCAGAAACGAACAUUACGACAACCAGUGUUUUGUGCUAGAUAUUAAAGCUGUAGUCCGUUGUGGCUAACAGAACUGGAAGAAUCGGUGAAUUAAGUAUGAAAUGCUAAAGUAAGUUUUGGCCGUCUCAGAAUUGACCAGCAGGUCUUUUUUUUUCUCUGAAUCCUCCACAUUCACCAUUCUUCACCGUCAUUUGCUUGUUUCUCUAUCGUCUUCUGCGUUUUCUGCUCCGAGGUUAAUUCUCUCGUCCUUUUGACUAAAAUAUAAUGAAUGGAUGACAAGAUUAAACGCUUGUAUUUAGGAAGAGGUAGUCUGGGAGAAGAAAUAAAUAACUCGUCCC